GGACCGGUAUAAAGCAGCGGGCUCCUGAGCCCGACCCAGCCUUUUGGGCAGAACCUGGCCCAGCCUGCUCAGUGCUCUCUUCCGUUGGUUACCACCAUGACCCCUGGCAUCCAACCCACCCUGGUCCUUGUAUUGUUCCUGGUACCUACAGCUAUCAGCAACAGCACCUUUGGCACAACUACCAACCCUGAUCAUGAGUUAGCUACAACAACAGCUCUGGACGCAAACAUCAGCAAUGAAAAUUCAAAGAAUGACAGAAAAACAACCAUUAUCCCCAGUACCACAGCUUUAACUAGCACACACAGACCCAUAAGUGCUUUUGGUGAAACCCAAACUAAUGGCCAUCACAGUACCACGACCAUAGCUCACACAGACAACAGCAUAUCUACCACAUCCAUACCCAGUGACCAUCACACCUCCACUACACCCCUUAGUCACCACAACACCACAUCAACGCCCAGUGACCAUCACACCUCCACUACACCCCUUAGUCACCACAACACUACAUUAGCGCCCAGUGACCAUCACACCUCCACUACACCCCUUAGUCACCGCAGCACCACAUCAGGACUUACUGACCAUCAUACUUCCACUACACCCCUUAGUCACCACAGCACCACAUCAGCACCCACUGACCAUCACACCUCUACUGCACCCCUUAGUCAUCACAGUACCACAUCUGCACCCACUGACCAUCACACCUCCACUACACCCACUAGUCACCACAGAACCACAGCUACAAAAAACACUGGAACCACUAUAGCAACAACUGGUUACCCCAAAAGUAUUUCUUCAACCUUUCACCAAAAACCCACCCCCACACCCAACAAUUACCACAGCUCCAUAUCACAACCCAUUACUAUCAGCCAAAGUACUUCUCAACUCCCAGUUGUCAUUUAUGAGAGUGCCAUGUUUUUCCUCUCAUUCCACAUCCUCAACAAGAAUUUUAACUCUUCCCUGGAAAAUCCCAGUUCUUCCUACUAUCAAGACUUGAAGAAUUCUGUUAAUGAUCUGUUGCAGCAGACCUACAAAAACAAUGCAUUUGUGACUUUUUACCUGCUCCAAUUCAGAAAGGGCUCUGUGAUUACAGACUGUAUCUUGGUCUUCCGAGAGGGCAGCAUCACAACCAGUGAAGUACAGAAUCUGUUUGCUGAAAAUGCAAAAGAAAGUUCCAUGUACAACCUGCAUAUUUCACCAUCGGAUAUAACUGUCCGUGAGUGGAAUUCUAAAGCCUCAUCUACUGAUUCUGCUGUGCCCGGCUAUGCCAUUGCUUUGCUUGUGAUAGUCUGUAUCCUGCUCGCUUUGGCAAUUUUCCACCUUGCUGCCCUGGGGCUAUCUCAGUUCCGUCGGAAACAUUGUGGACAGUUGGACAUCUUCCCAUCCCAAGAUUCUUACCAUCCCAUGAAUGAGUAUCCCCCUUAUCAUACCCAUGGACGAUAUGUGCCCCCAAGCAACACGAAGCGCAGCCCCUAUGAAGAGAUCUCUCCAGGAAAUGGUGGUAACAGCCUCUCUUAUGUGAACCCGGUGGCCACUUCUGCUAACCUGUAGAGGGACGGUGCCAGCUCUGUGCUCAGGGCCAAGCACUGCCAGGGGCACUUCCCUCAUUUCUUGGUCUCCACCCCUCCCUCUCCUGGAAGGGAAAGCAAGGAGCCCUGAGUGGGUAGCGUCCCAAAGGUCCUUUCUCUGAAGGCUCCUUAGAUACAGCCCUCCACUCCCUCCCCCGCCCCCCCAAUCCAUCUCCAGAUGAAGUUGUAGGAGACUAUGUUCUGCUAUCCCACCCUCAUGCCCUGUCCUGAGGGACAGUGAUGCCUUCUGGCGGAUGAUGAAACCAAGGUGUGUUAGGGGUGGGGGAAGAGGAAUCUGUAUGUGACUCAAUAAAAUUGAUGACCCCCACAAACACA